AGACGCUUUGCUGCCAUGGCGCAGUUCGUGUUCGAUAGUGACUUGCACUCGCUGUUGCAGCUGGACACACCCAUCCCCAAUGCACCCCCUGCGCGCUGGCAACGCAAAGCUAAGGAGACCGGGGGGCCGGCCCCCUCGCCCAUGCGGGCCGCCAAUCGAUCCCAUAGCGCCGGCAGGACCCCUGGCCGAACUCCGGGCAAAUCGAGCUCCAAGGUUCAGACCACUCCCAGCAAACCUGGCGGUGACCGUUAUAUCCCCCAUCGCAGUGCUUCCCAGAUGGAGGUUGCCAGCUUCCUUCUGAGCAAGGAGAACCACCCCGAAAAUAGUCAGACGCCCACCAAGAAGGAACAUCAGAAAGCCUGGGCUUUGAACCUGAACGGUUUUGAUGUGGAGGAAGCCAAGAUCCUUCGGCUCAGUGGAAAACCACAAAAAGUUCCAGAGGGUUACCAGAACAGACUGAAAGUACUGUAUAGCCAGAAGGCCACGCCUGGCUCCAGCAGGAAGACCUGCCGUUACAUUCCUUCCCUACCGGACCGGAUCCUGGAUGCCCCGGAAAUCCGUAAUGACUAUUACCUGAACCUGGUGGAUUGGAGCUCUGGGAAUGUUCUGGCUGUGGCGUUGGACAACAGUGUAUACUUGUGGAGUGCUAGCUCAGGUGACAUCCUGCAGCUUCUGCAGAUGGAGCAGCCUGGGGACUAUGUAUCUUCUGUGUCCUGGAUCAAAGAGGGUAACUACCUGGCUGUGGGCACCAGCAAUGCAGAGGUGCAGCUAUGGGAUGUGCAACAGCAGAAGCGGCUUCGGAACAUGACCAGUCAUUCUGCGAGAGUGGGCUCCCUAAGUUGGAACAGCUAUAUCCUGUCCAGUGGCUCACGCUCUGGCCACAUCCACCACCAUGAUGUUCGGGUAGCAGAACACCAUGUGGCCACACUGAGUGGCCACAGCCAGGAAGUGUGUGGGCUGCGCUGGGCCCCAGAUGGACGACAUUUGGCCAGUGGUGGCAACGAUAACUUGGUCAAUGUGUGGCCUAGUGCUCCUGGAGAGGGGGGCUGGGUUCCCCUGCAGACAUUCACACAGCAUCAAGGGGCUGUCAAGGCUGUAGCUUGGUGUCCCUGGCAGUCCAGUAUCCUGGCAACUGGAGGGGGCACCAGUGAUCGACACAUUCGCAUCUGGAACGUCUGCUCUGGGGCCUGUCUGAAUGCUGUGGAUGCCCACUCCCAGGUGUGCUCCAUCCUCUGGUCUUCCCACUACAAAGAACUCAUCUCAGGUCAUGGCUUUGCCCAGAACCAGCUGGUUAUUUGGAAGUACCCGACCAUGGCCAAAGUGGCUGAGCUCAAAGGUCACACAGCCCGGGUUCUAAGCCUGACCAUGAGUCCAGAUGGGGCCACAGUGGCAUCAGCAGCAGCAGAUGAGACACUACGGCUAUGGCGCUGCUUUGAGUUGGACCCCGCACGGCGGCGGGAGCGGGAGAAGGCUAGUGCAGCCAAAAGCAGCCUCAUCCAUCAAGGCAUCCGUUGA